CGCCCAGCUCGUCACGGGCUGGGUUGCGUAGAGCUCGGCCUAUAAAGUGUGCCCCCUCGCUCUGAACAAUACAUCAGCAAACACCUUCCGUCCAACGACAACGAUAGCAAUCAUCUUUGCCUGUUGCAGCAUCUGUAGCUUCUUUCUGCCCUUUCGUGCACCUUCCGUCCGCAGUUGAUCAAUGGCGACCAUGAUGGCCAUGAGCUCAUUAGCCGGUGCGGCCGUCCUGCCGCGCGGCCCGGCUGGCGGCUUCUGCGCCCGGUCUCUGCCAGCGCUGGGCCGACGCGCCCUCGUCGUCAGGGCACAGACCGAGGGCCCCAGCGAACCACCGCCAAACAAACCCAAGGCGACCACCUCGAUCUGGGACGCGAUGGCGUUCAGCGGCCCUGCGCCGGAGCGCAUCAACGGGCGCCUUGCCAUGGUGGGCUUCGUGACGGCGCUGGCGGUGGAGGCAGGCCGCGGCGACGGGCUCCUCUCGCAGCUCGGCAGCGGCACCGGGCAGGCGUGGUUCGCCUACACCGUGGCGGUGCUGUCCAUGGCGUCGCUGGUGCCGUUGCUUCAGGGCGAGAGCGCCGAGGGCAGAGCCGGCGCCAUCAUGAACGCCAACGCGGAGCUCUGGAACGGCCGCUUCGCCAUGCUCGGACUCGUCGCGCUCGCCGCCACCGAGAUCAUCACCGGCGCGCCCUUCAUCAACGUGUAGAAUAAAAUAGCUUCGCUGUCGACCGGAUAACACAACCUGUACUUAGCUAGUAGGACAUGUACGUAAAUGGUCAGAACUGAUCAUGCUCGUAUUCUUUGUAGUAUUGCUACUAAUUAAAGACGGAGUCCCGUUUCGGUA